AUGAACCGUUAUACUACUAUGCGGCAGUUGGGGGAUGGCACCUACGGGAGUGUCCUGAUGGGCAAGAGCAAUGAGUCUGGAGAGCUGGUCGCCAUCAAAAGGAUGAAGAGAAAGUUCUAUUCCUGGGAUGAAUGCAUGAACUUGAGAGAAGUCAAGUCUCUGAAGAAACUUAAUCAUGCCAAUGUGAUUAAAUUGAAAGAAGUUAUCAGAGAAAAUGACCAUCUUUAUUUUGUAUUUGAAUACAUGAAAGAAAACCUCUAUCAAUUAAUGAAAGACAGAAACAAGUUGUUCCCUGAAUCUGUCAUCAGGAAUAUUAUGUAUCAGAUAUUGCAAGGGCUGGCAUUUAUUCAUAAACAUGGCUUUUUUCAUAGGGACAUGAAACCAGAAAACUUACUUUGUAUGGGUCCAGAACUUGUGAAAAUUGCUGAUUUUGGUCUUGCAAGAGAAUUAAGAUCACAGCCCCCGUAUACUGAUUAUGUAUCUACCAGAUGGUAUCGUGCUCCUGAAGUCUUAUUAAGAUCUUCAGUUUAUAGUUCUCCCAUUGAUGUGUGGGCUGUUGGGAGUAUAAUGGCUGAGCUAUAUACAUUACGACCCCUUUUCCCAGGGACAAGUGAAGUUGAUGAAAUCUUUAAAAUUUGCCAAGUUUUAGGAACUCCCAAAAAGAGUGACUGGCCAGAAGGGUACCAACUUGCAUCUUCUAUGAAUUUCCGCUUUCCACAGUGUGUCCCCAUAAAUUUAAAAACCCUCAUCCCCAAUGCCAGCAAUGAAGCUAUCCAGCUCAUGACUGAAAUGUUGAAUUGGGACCCAAAGAAACGGCCAACAGCAAGCCAGGCAUUGAAACACCCAUAUUUCCAAGUUGGUCAAGUAUUAGGUUCUUCACAUCAUCUGGACUCAAAACAGAUUUUAAAUAAGCAGCUGCAAACCAUGGAACCGAAGCCAGCUUUAGCGGAAGUAGAACAUAAGCCUCUUCCAGACAUAACUGAGCAGACCGCUGGACAGCCCCAGCUCAAAGCCAGCCACCAGCCUCUGCAGUCCAUCCAGCUGUCACAGAACGGGAAUGCCCAGCCACCUCUCAAGCAAGACGGUCAUCAGAAACCACCACAAACACUAUUUCCAAGUAUCCUCAAAAACAUGUCAGCUAAGUCCAAUAACACAGUGGGACAUAAGACUGCUCGGAGGCGUUGGGGUCAGACUGUGUUCAAGUCUGGAGAUGGCUGGGAAGAUUUUGAAGACUGCGAUUUUGGAGCGUCCCAUUCCAAGAAGCCAAGCAUGGGUGUCUUCAAAGAAAAGAGGAAAAAAGACUCUCCACUUCGGCUUCCAGAAUCGAUACCAUCUGGCUCCAACCACUCAACAGAGGAAAACAAACCUGCUGCUGCUCCCCUAAAAUCUGAUUCUGAGUUGUCAAAUGCUUCAACAGCUAAACAGUACUAUUUGAAACAAUCAAGAUACCUUCCAGGUGUAAACCCAAAGAACGUGUCCUUGGUAGCCAGUAGAAAAGACGGAAACCCAUACAGCUGGAAUAAUUCACUAUUUCCUAAGUCUUUGGCGUCCGUUGGGUCAGAAUUUGCUUUCAAAAGAACUAAUCCAGAAGAAAGUAUAAUUAAACCAAUUGAAAAACUCUCAUGCAAUGAAAGUUUUCCUGACAAACUAGAGGACCCACAAGGCAAUCAUGGAAGUUAUGCAACUUACAAUCAGCCAGGAUAUAUUCCUUCCUUUCUCAAAAAAGAAGUUGGGUCAGCUGGUCAGAGGAUCCAUUUAGCACCUCUUGGUACAACUUCAGAAUAUACCUGGAACACAAAAACUGGUCGGGGACAGUUUUCAGGACCUACUUACAAUCCUACAGCAAAAAAUCUAAACCUCAUGGCUCGUGCCCAGCCAGUUCACUCUGUGCAUGGAAGGACAGACUGGAUGGCAAAAUACGGAGGCCAUCGGUAG